AGCAGCCUUUGCAGACCCGGACUCCAGCACCAUGAACGUGUCCUUCGACCAUCUCCACUUUGCCGGAGGGUACCUGCCCUCGGACUCCCAGGACUGGAGAGCUGUGAUCCCGGCUCUCUUAGUGGCUGUCUGCCUGGUGGGCUUUGUGGGAAACCUGUGUGUGAGUGGCAUCCUCCUUCACAGUGCGUGCAGAGGAAAGCCAUCCAUGAUCCAUUCUCUGAUCCUGAACCUCAGUUUGGCUGACCUCUCCCUCCUGUUGUAUUCUGCACCCGUCCGAGCUGCAGCGUACUCCAGAGGCGUCUGGGAUCUCGGCUGGUUUGUCUGCAAGUCCUCCGACUGGUUCACCCACACGUGCAUGGCAGCCAAGAGCCUGACGAUCGUUGCGAUGGCCAAAGUGUGCUUCAUGUAUGCGAGUGAGCCCACCACGCAGGCGAAUGUCCACAGCUGCACCAUCGGGUCGGUGCUGGUAGCCAUCUGGGCUGUGGCCAGCCUGCUGCCCCUGCCCGAAUGGUUUUUUAGCACCACCAGGCACCACGCAGGUGGAGAAAUGUGCCUUCUGGAUGUACCAGCUGUGGCCAAAGAGUUCAUGUCUUUGUUUGGUAAGCUAUUCCCUCUCCUGGUGUUCUGCCUUCCAUUGUUCCUGGCUGGCUUUUAUUUCUGGAAGGCUUAUGGUCAAUGCAGAAAAAGAGGAACCAAGACUCAAAACCUGAGGAACCAGAUCCGUUCCAAGCGUCUCACAGUGAUGUCACUGAGCAUCACAGUGACCUCCGCUGUUCUGUGGCUACCCGAGUGGGCAGCCUGGCUGUGGGCAUGGCACCUGCAGGCUGGAGACCCAGCCCCACCACAAGGCUUCAGAGCCCUGUCUCAAGUCCUCAUGUUUUCCGUCUCUGCAGCAAACCCUCUCAUUUUUCUUGUGAUGUCAGAGGAGUUCAAGGAGGGCUUGAAAGGCUUGUGGAAAUGGAUGAUAACCAAAACACCCCCAGCAGUCUCAGAGCCUCAAGAAACACCAGCUGGUAACUCAGAGUUCCUUCCUGCCAAGGCUCCAUCUCCAGAGCCCCCAACAUCAACACCAGAGAGGGAGAAAUCCAGCUCUCCCUCCUCCAGCAAGGGGAAGAUGGAGAAGGCAGAGAUUCCCAUCCUUCCUGAUGUAGAGCAGUUUUGGCAUGAGAGGGACGUGGUCCAUUCCAUACAAGACAACGACCCUAUCCCCUGGGAACAUGAAGAUCAAGAGACAGGGGGUUGUGAUACACAGAUUUAA